UAAUCAUCCACUCCCUUUCCUCCUUUAUUUAUUUUUCUUCUCUUGUCUUUGUGUGUCUGCUGGUCCUGUUUUCCCUUCCCCUCAAGCUAUGGCCUAUAAGCAAGGAAUUCCUCUCCUCGAGGCAUUUGAAGAGGGGAAAGACCACCAGUCAGACGAAGAAGACUCUGAAGACGAAAGUCCUUUCACUCCAGACGCAGUUAAGAUCAAAGCAUCAAAGGGUAGACUAGGAUCAGAGUUCUGUACGUGGAAGCACUGGCUAUUCCUGGGCUUAGUCACAAUGAUAGUCCUAGUAAUACUACUGCUAGCUGUCACACUCCCUUUUGCUUUGAUACAGGAGAAACCAACAGGAGCAACCACCCCCCAACCUACAGCAACACCCCUCCCAACUGUACUCCCUGUAACAAAGUCCCCCCACGACUCCAGGGACUAUGGGUACUUCACACUUGAUAAUGGACUCAGGGUUCUUCUCGUAUCGGACAACGAGACCCAGUUAAGUGCUGCGGCCAUGGAUGUCGCCGUUGGCAGUUUCAGCGACCCUCCCUCUCACUUAGGCCUCGCACAUUUUUGUGAGCACAUGCUGUUUUAUGCCAGCGACAAGUACCCACAGGAAGGAGCCUAUUCUGAUUACUUGAGUCGUCAUGGCGGCUACGAUAAUGCCUACACUUCCACCGAAAACACUAACUACUUUUUCAGAGUUGGUUCUGAGUAUCUUCACGAGGCUCUUGAUCGGUUUGCUCAGUUUUUCAUUUCUCCGAUCCUCUCCCAGAGUGGUGUCAGUCGGGAAGUGAAUGCAGUUGAUUCCGAGCAUCGAAAGAACCUUCAGGAUGACGGCUGGCGUCUCUGGCAGCUGUUGAAACACAUCUCGAAUCCGUACCACCCCUUCCACCAGUUUAACACGGGAGACUUAGAGACACUGGAUAAACCUGACGUGCUCUCUGCCCUAAAAGACUUUUAUUAUAAAUAUUAUUCAGCUAAUCAAAUGCAACUUGUUAUAUAUGGAAAGGAAGACUUGGUAACUCUCUCUCAAUACACUGUCUCAAUGUUCUCUUCAAUACGUAACAACAAUGCAUCAAGGGUUCGCUAUCUGAACACUUCAUUUUCUCCUCCUUUCAAUGGAAAGAUUGUAUACUAUGUUCCAGUGGCUGAUGUACAUAUGAUUACAAUGUACUGGCAAGUGAUGCCACUGAAAGAAAAGUACAGAGAAAAGAUUGCUAGCAUACUCUCUCAGUUGCUUGGCCAUGAAGGCACAGGAUCUCCUCUGCACUAUUUGAAGAAGCAGCAGUGGGCAAUAUCCAUUUCAGCUGGUACAGAGUUUUCAGCAGAUUCAUACACUGUAUUGGGCAUAUACAUUACACUGACACAGUCUGGGCUGGCUCACUCUAAGGAAGUGAUUGGUACUGUAAUGCAAUACAUUAAACUCCUUCAAGGACUCACUGAACAACAAUGGAGGCAGCAAUGGAACGAUUAUGUCGAUGUGGCGAUUGUUAACUUUAAUUUCUCAUCAAAAAUUUCUCCUGAUAAGUAUACAAGCAAUCUUGCUAGUACUAUGCGUACUGUGAAAAGCCCUCGGGAUUUUCUUGGUUCCCCUCAACGUUAUAUCUUUAACCAUACCCUCAUAUCUGCUGUCGUCUCGUCACUCUCUCCUUCUACUCCAAUCAUAUUCGUUGGCUCACACAAUCUUAGCAACCCACAGACGUCCACUGUUAACUUACCACUCCCUGGGUCUCUCUCGUCCACUGAACCAAUUUACGGGACAAAAUAUGAUGUAGAGCCUGUAUCAUCCCAGUUAGUGUCCGAUUGGUUACAGUAUUCUGUUGUAUUACAAGAAUUGAGUUUACCAAAACAAAAUGAGUUCAUACCGAGAGAUUUUGUCAUCCUUGAGACUUCAACUGCGACUAAUCAACCAAUGAAGGCUGAUCCAGUUGAUGAUGGGUACAGUGUUUGGUGGCAGCAGGAUAAGCAGUUCCUACAGCCAAAGCUCAAUCUAGUGUGUAACAUAUACAGUCCCAUUAGUAAGAAAGCAAUCAAUGAUCCUAGAUGGACAGCACUAACUGAACUCUAUGCAAAUAUUGUACUGGCCUCAUUAAAUCCAUUGGUUUAUCCAGCCACACUUCUUGAUUACAGUGUCUCAGUAAAGGCUGUACCUCAUGGACUCAAUAUUGCUAUCAAUGGAUACAGUGACAGCACUGUCAUGAAUAAAAUCAUUGAACUAGUUGUCAAUGCUAUGACUAAUGAUACUUUGUUAUCAAAUCCUGAGAUCUUUUCUCUCACUCUUGAGUCAAUGACAGAUGCACUUUCCAAUUAUAAUUUCACUGCCCUACCCUAUCAUUACAUAUACCAAUACAUACAAAGUGUUGUGAUGGAUCGUCCAAUGUGGAAGAAGUGGCAGUUAUUGAAUGCACUGCAGGACUUUAAUGUCAGUGAAGUACUCAGUCACAAAGCAUCACUCCUUGAGUCUGCCACUCUCCUCUGUCUAGUCCAUGGAAACGUUGAUAAGACUCAGGCAAUAAGAUAUGGACACUCUUUCUUUACUGUCUUGAGCUCAUCUACAAUGAUUGAUCCUACAGGCACUUUGGCCCCACGAAGACGCAUACUCCUUUCUCCUGGUAACUACAGUGUAAUAGUACCAGCAUUGAACCCAAUGGAUCAUAACAGUGUCAUCAACGUAGUGUUUCAGAUUGGCGUUGGUUGCAAUGUGACCACACUCAAUAAUGGACUCCAUGUGUGCACUAACUCGUCUCUAAAGAGAACAGCAAUAGUAUCACUGCUAACACUGCAAAUACAACAAUCUUGCUUUGAUGUGUUACGUACCAAACAGCAGUUAGGGUAUGUUGCAUACUGCACUCUCAGAACCAACAACAACGUACUCUCAUUCCAAAUCCUAGUACAAAGUGGUACCUACAAUGCAUCUCUGUUACUGGAAAGGAUCGAUCAGUUCUUGAAAGACUCGCUACAGAAUGUGACAGAGUUUCUUACUUCGUCUACAUCAAACUUUGAAAGUCUCGUUCAAAUAUACCAUGAGGUAUUGAGACGCAAGGACUUGAGUCUCUCUGACGUCACAGCAAGACUAUGGAAUCAAAUUGACACCGGUUUGAACCAGUUCAACUACAAGCAGCAACUGGAGACUGCGCUCCAGUACAUACAACCAAACGAGUUGAUCCAGUUUUACAAAGACUACAUAUUGGACAGUGGUAGGGCUAAGAAGCUGGUGGUAGCAGCAUAUGGUAAAGACAAGAAAGAAACUCUCAACUCAUACAUCAGCAAUGAACUGGACUAUACUAGAAUGGAUCCAUCUACUAUCAGUUACCCAUAGCAACAGGCUCCACCCCUAAUUAACUAAUAUAUACUUUUUAGUCUGUCCUUUGUACAUCUAUUGUAAUUGCUAAUGUACAAGUUUUGCUGUAAA